AUGUCAGCGGAUGGACCCAUGCAUCUCCCGCAAGGAGUGACCGUUGCCGCAGACAAGAAUUCCAAGCACCGUGAAGCAUUGGUUGUUCUAAAUGACCGGGUUGUCUCGGCUUUCUUCGUAACUAAACAAAAUGCUAAUACCAUGGAUACUUUCAAGGCGUAUGAACAGGGAAGCAUCGGAUUCAUUCACGUGGUUGAUGUGUCCAAUGUGGAUGCCAUGCCUCGUGUAGAUAUCCUGUAUGCCUAUGAGGAUAUGCAGAUCGAUUCAAUUUAUAGUGCUGUGAAGAAUGGUGUCAAGGGUGUUGUGGUUGCUGGCGAGGGCGCAGGUUGUGUUUCCACGGAACUCGCUUCUGCUUGCAAUGACAUUGUUGCAAAGCAUAACAUCCCCAUCGUGCUGUCACAUCGUACUGUGAAUGUAGAAGUCCCCACUGCUGGUAUCACCGGUGAGAACGCGAAGACCCAGAUUGCCAGUGGAAUGUUCAAUCCUCAACAGUCGAGGAUUCUGCUUGGGUUGCUGUUGGCGGAGAAGAAGGGUCUGGAGGAGAUUCGACAGGUGUUUUUGAAAGCCGCCGCUGCUUGA